AGAAGAAAAAUAAACUGGACUCGAAUUCCGCAGCUUUUCCUACGUAGCUCUAACAUCCUAGCUGACCGUUUGCAAGACGGAGCCAAAGCUGGUUUAUUGAUUCUUAUUGCUCUGUAAAUCUGUCACACCACGAAAAGAUGACUACCAGACACGAGUUUAAAGUGGAGAUGACAUGUGAAGGCUGCUCAGGAGCUGUCACCAGAGUCCUCAAUAAACUUGGUGAUGUCAAAUUUGACAUUGACCUACCCAAGCGCCUGGUCUGGAUCGAGUCGGACAAGGAUGUCGAUGUUCUUCUUGAAACGCUGAAGAAAACUGGAAAAGGUGUCACGUACAAUGGCCCCAAAUAAGGAUGCCUGACUAGCUCUUUAUAAACAGGUGCUUGUUGCUGAUGAUGCAAAGUGAAGAAUCAUCAACAGUCAUGAAAAGCCCUUUGAAUUUGUGGAAGAAACAGGACAAUUGGGGAGAAGUUGCCCUUUAUAUGCUGAACUUGAUCUCCCAUUUGCCUCAUCCUCUAGUUAGACAUAGCAUGUGGUGUUGGUGUGUCCCAAUAUUCUUAAGAUGCCAAUUCUGAGCGGUCAACAGUAUUUUCUUUUUUGCCAAGUUCAUUUAGAUCAAUACCACCAGAAGAAAUCACAAGUGCUAAGUUGCUCAGUUGAAUGGGCACUGUCACUAACCGAUUUGUCACCCGUAAAGUAAUGGCGGAUCCUUUGUAAACACUUCCUCUUCUGGUGUGUAGUGAUAAAUGUUCAAAAUGUUUGUAUUCAUUUGAUAUCAUAUGUGCAAUGAGCUUACACUAAACAUGUUAUUUACUAACCGUACAAGUAAAAUAGAAAAUGGGAAUAGUCACAUUACUCUUACUGUCCACAUGGAUAAAUGAGCCAAUAUAACGCUCAUAUUUUACUAAUGGAUUUAUUUUUUUACAAGUCAUUACACUUAUCUACAGUUGCGUUGAUACCACAUACACCAUUUUAUUCAAAGUUUUGUCCUCAAUUCUUGGCUAGCUCAUACAAAUACACUAGAAUUGAAUGGUCCACAAAUGUUGCGAGCACAAAAGCUAACAUUCCAACGGCAUGUCUUUGUGGUAUUAAUACAGAGUUACAGAAAUGAUCAAAAUGGGAUUCAAGCAAAUGGCGCUCAAAAAAGAACCUUGUAUUCUCAUGAAUGCCAUUUUGCGGUCAUAAAUCUAUAUUAAACAAGUACAUGAUAAUAACAUGGAAUGAAAAUGAAUCCUAGACCAGAUCUCAUGGGCAACUUCACCACAGACCCAUAGCUGUCACAUUUUAUGGGAUCACUGGAUUUAGUUUUAGAAAGGCAUUCAUUUAUUGACGAUCAACAUGAAACACUCAAUACCAUUGCGAUAGCAGAAUCAUUGGGAGGUAUUGCUUUGCCUUAACUUAAAUACCUUCUAUUAUUUACACUUUGUUGGGUAGUAAAAAAAUAAAUAAUAAUGCAUAUCUAGAUGAUGUCUACAGAUCUGUCACAUGUAUGUAAAUUAAAAGAUUUCCACUACA